AGUUUGACAUGUUUGUCAGAUCGACGGCAAUUGCCAUCCUUACACAUCGAACAUCGAACGGGCAGAGCCUGCACCCGCAACUGCAACACUAGAAAAGGGGAGAAAAGUGAUAAAAAUUCUAUCGAAUACUCAGUCAAGUGUGAAAUGCCCCACCACGUUGCUGCUUUCGUUUGGCAUUGUGUCCAGCAAACGAAGACACUUGCAGAUGCAGAAAUACGAUGCCAGAACUGAAGGAAACUGUUGGAAAUUGACUACUCUCAGGGGUGAUUGGCCAUCGAGUUAGAGCACAGAAGUAGUGAAAUCGUAGAACAAUAGUGCUAGACUCUCCCGACAAGGUAGGCGAUCCUGUAGGUACACAACAAAUGACUUUUUAGCCGCCGGGUUUUACCAUCGGGAACCAGGAAAAUGACAAUGUCAACAGAAUCACAUUUCCGUGCCACAGAAUCGUUUCCAACGGGCUUAAAACUUUAAAAAGAAAAAAAACUUAUCUUAAUUUGAAAGUGAUUUUCUUCUCGUACAUAACUCAAUAUGUUCCGCCGGUUCCCAGCAUCGGCAGAUUGGUGGAUGGAUUAAGGACGAAGCAAAAAAAAGCGAUUACGGUUCAGCCUCACCACCGUAGCGAAAGUUGGUGAUAUCGAGCACAGUGUACUUCAAUAGCAACUCGCCCGGAUACUCGACUCGGUUCUACGCAAUCACCGAAAAACCAACGAAUGGAUAACAACCUUAGAGGAUCAUCCCACUUGGAGGAAACUUUUUAACCGCACAACUGUCCCUCUCCUUCUGCCUCGGAAGUCAGCAGCAUUCAUUCUGGCGACCUGUAUACACUUUCUUUUAUGUACAUAGUCUGAAGAGUCCUUUUUUGUAUUGCUGUAAGUGUAAAUAAGCGUUUUAGUUUGAUAGAACGCCAACAACAACAACAACAACAAACUAUAGUUAUGUUUGAGAAGAGACACCUGCCGUAAGAUCUGCCACACCAUCCCGACAGAAAUCGCGUAGCGGGGCAUGGCCCGUUGUGAAAAAGGGAACUCGGAAUAUAUGUCGUACGUGUCCGUUUAGUUUUUCACCUUCCCUCGCCAUUUCUCAAGUGUUGCGGGACAGCACCGCUCUUAUCUCCGGUAGCUGCUUAAGGCAAACGAGUGGCACUGAGAGCCGCUGCCAGAAGGCCGGUUUUGCAGCAGUUAUUUAAAAAAAACAGUAUAGCAACAGCAUUAUUCUCACAUUGGCUAAAUUUUUCCCUGCCUCCCAUCCGUUCCGAAAUAAUAGACGAUAAUAAAAAAGACUGAAGGAUCGGCAAGUUUCCAAAGCAGAAGUUGCCUCUGAUGUCAAACAAGUUUACGUUGGAAAAGUGAAGUGAGACUACCGUAGCGUGCAUAGAUGCUGUGUGAAAGCAUGUUCAGGAGAAACAGGAAGCGAUAAUGGUUGUCUGAACUACUUUUAAGGAGUGCUCCUUUGAAAGACAAAAAAAAAACAGAAAAUCUUAACACGGGAGAAAAAAAAAGUUCUACUAAAUAAGUGGUGCACAGCAACGGAACGUGAAGGAACAACAGCACUGGAGUGGAUAAGCACGUUCAAAAUGACAAUGACGAAGACAUACAUAUUUUGCAUCUUGUGGUUGGCGCUACUGCUCGGCAUGAGCGAAAAAGUGAAUGGUUCGCAACGAGAAGCCAGCAAGCAGCCCCAACCAACUACUACCAAGGACACAGCGAGCCAAGUAAACCUUCCCGCCACCAGUAGCAGAACUGGAAGCAUCGAGGCCACGGACGCCACCCGGACGGGACCGUACUUUGAUCUGUCCGCCUCGAAAAACGUUACGGCGCUGCUGGGAAAAACUGCCUAUCUUAACUGCAGGGUAAAAAACUUGGGCAACAAAACGAUGCUGCUACAAGUGUCCUGGGUUCGGCACCGGGACAUUCACCUGCUCACCGUUGGCCGCUACACGUACACCUCCGAUCAACGAUUCCGGGCGAUUCAUCAUCCCCACACAGAAGACUGGAGCCUGCAGAUCAAGUAUCCGCAGCACCGUGAUUCGGGCAUCUACGAGUGCCAGAUCUCGACGACGCCCCAUAUGAGCCAUUUCGUGCACCUGAACGUAAUAGAGCCUUCAACGGAAAUAAUUGGAGCUCCGGAUCUGUACAUCGAAAGCGGUUCGACGAUAAAUUUAACGUGCGUAGUAAAGGACUCCCCUGAGCCACCGGCAUACAUAUUCUGGAACCAUAACAACGUUGUGAGUAUCGCCGAAAAAAAUCGAGAAAGAAAAACAUAACUAUACGGUACAAAU